GUCUCAUGCAGCAACCCAAUAACACCACACAAAAGGCAAUGAAACCCACCACCCCGCUAACGAUCUCGAUGAUACGACCCACGGCCAUGCUGCAAAUGUACAUAGAGAGUUUUGACGACAGUCGUGUGUGAAUUACGUUACACUUCGUACCAGCAGCUCCUGUCGUUAUUGCAACAGUAUGUGCCGUCUCCACAAUAUUUGUAGGACAGUCCUCUGCAUACCUCGUCACAGUGAACUAAACAGAACAACGUUCAGAAAUAUAAAUUACCUCCCUUGAAGGCACGAUUCAAACCAACGGAAAUGGAAACUAGCUGAUCAAUUUCGAAAAAUCCGCGUUUUCCCACAGUGAUAUAUAUAUUACGCAAUCUGACCCGUCUUCAACGCUCAGAAAUCCAACCUUAGUCCAACAAUAGCCACCGCCAGAAUAAGGUUGAUCCAUAACGUUUGACUAUAAGUUUGGCAAGGGCCACAUUCAGCAGUGCAUGGGGAGUCCAUAGCGUCUGCAGCUGCAUCAAGAGGAUUUUCAUCCUAUAGAACAGUUACAAUGGAUGAGUUUAGUAGUUCUUCAGAAUGGCGUCACUCGACGGGAAUCAAAACGAGAUACAUUACAUACGUCUCUAUAUGCUUAUUAUGGAAGCGCGGAAGGUUCUGCGAGCCAAGUUUGACUCUAUAAUUAAACCUCCUGAUUUAACUAACACGAUGAUGAGAGUACAUGGAACAAUAGAUAAGCUGAAGAAAUAUAGGAUUAUCUCAAAUGAACAAUAUAAACUGUUAAAUCCAAAUCCUAAUUCUGAAAAGUUUGAUACCACUUUGUUGGUGUGUCUUCUUCAAAACAUCUGUAAUUUAAACCCUAGAGACAAAGUGUGGUCUGAGAAAGAUAAUACUUACAUUAAAGGUAAUACAGACCAGGACAAUAUCCAGCGUAUCAGGAAUUUGAGAAACAAAAUGCAGCACAAAAACGUUGCAAGCAUAGAGCAGCAUGAAUUUGAUAUCAUCUGGAAUGAUUUAGAAAAGGCCAUGGUAAAUCUAGGGAGAAGCUGUGGACUGCACGAUGUCCAGAAUACUAUUGACAUCAUCAAAACAAGAAUACUGGAAAUAGUUACACCAGAAAUGAAAAAUCUUCGUGAAUACGCAAUAAGGUUCCUUAAACAAUAUCAAGAGGAAACGAUGGAUAGACUGAGCCCAGAUUUCUUUGAAAAUGAUGACACUGAUGGCAUGGAUUACGACUCUUAUGAUCAUCAAGAUUUUGACUGUUCUAUAGAUUAUGAUGAAUAUGAUCAUCAAGAUGUUGACUGUUCCAUAGAUAAUGAUGAAAAUGAACAUCAAGAUUCGGACCGCUCCAUAGAUUAUGAUGAAAAUGAACAUCAAGAUUUGGAUCGUUCCAUAGAUUAUGAUGAAAAUGAACAUCAAGAUUUGGACCGUUCCAUUAAAAAUGAUGAAAAUGAACAUCAAGAUUCGGACCGUUCCAUAAAUAAUGAUGGAAAUGAAAAUCAAGAUUUGGACCGUUCCAUAGAUAAUGAUGAAAAUGAACAUCAAGAUUUGGACCGUACUAUAGAUUAUGAUGAAAAUGAACAUCAAGAUUUGAACCGUUCCAUAGAUUAUGAUGAAAAUGAACAUCAAGCUUUGGACCGUUCCAUAGAUUAUGAUGAAAAUGAACAUCAAGAUUCGGACCGUUCCAUAAAUAAUGAUGGAAAUGAACAUCAAGAUUUGGACCGUUCCAUAGAUAAUGAUGAAAAUGAACAUCAAGAUUUGGACCGUUCUAUAGAUUAUGAUGAAAAUGAACAUCAAGAUUUGAACCGUUCCAUAGAUUAUGAUGAAAAUGAACAUCAAGCUUUGGACCGUUCCAUAGAUAAUGAUGAAAAUGAACAUCAAGAUUUGGACCGUUCCAUAGAUAAUGAUGAAAUUGAACAUCAAGAUUUGGACCGUUCCAUAGAUUAUGAUGAAAAUGAACAUCAAUAUUUAGACCGUUCCAUAGAUUAUGAUGAAAAUGAAUACUGCGACGAUGGUGAUGAAUAGUGUUUAAACGAUUAUUAAGUGAACAAAGAGAAACGAUUGUAUUGUCAUUAUGUGCGUAAAGAGGUUUCAUGUUAUGCAGUUGCUGUACAGAUAACGGAUUUGAAUUAUGAAUGUAAUAAUGUCAUAAUAAUAGUUGCUUAUUGUAACACAUCAGCAGUUGUACGUAUAUAAAAUGGCGUGCGCUUUCAACUUAUAGUGUGUUUUUUCUCUAUAAAAGAUAAGUUUUACAUGGAAACAUGAUAGCCUUUUAACACAUUUUUUAAUAUCGGUCAGUAAGGAAGUGUAUAUGUAUUUACUGAUCAAAUUGUUUUGCAUUUAAAACGACCCGACAUGCACCAUACUAGUGAACGAAAAUUAUAACGCUAAUGAUUAAGCAAAAAACAUCGGUUUGAUCAGGAAUGUGAUUAUGUUGAGUGUGUUUUACAUUAUAUUCGAAAACAUUUAAUCUUCAAUAAAUAAUAAUCUUCAUUUAAAGGGAUCUUUUCAAAGAUUUUGGUAUGUAUUGAAGUUUGUCAUGAAAUAAUUUAUAUUUAUAAAUGUAAACAUUGGAUUUAUAAAGCUCGAGUAAAAGAAAAACAAGAAUAAAAUUACAAAAAGAAAAAUGUAACCCUAAACAGGGCUCGAACCUCUGACCCCUGGAGUAAAAGUCUAUCGCUUAGACCACUCGACCUCAAUGUUCUAAUAUCUAAUGAAACUUUACCGGAGAUCGUGUGAUGUUUAUGCAACGCUAAUGUUAAAUACUAAGAUUUAGAAAGACCGGUGACUAUAUUUAUAACCUCACUCAAAUAUGCACAACCAUUUAAUAAAGCUGUAUGUUUUGAUUAGGAAGUUAAAGGUGCAUGGACCUAUCUCUUUAUGAAGUGUUUUUGGACUUACUGCGCUUUAUUUGUUUGUGCAGAAAUGAAUUGCAUGCUGUAAGUUUCUUGUUUAAAGCAUAACUAGAAACGUAAUGAAUGGAUUCAAAUGAAAUGUCUUAUAUUGAUAUAGGGCUUUGAGAGCAAGGGUAGAGUAAAAGUACCAACACUGUGUCUUCAAUAUUUACAUAAUUUUUUCUUUUGUUAAUUUUCUUGUUUACUCUAUAAUUCUAUUGCAAUAAA